UUUUCUUAAACUAUGGUGUAUAUAUGAAAUUUUUUUACAAAAAAAUGGGAGUAGGCUGAAAUAUAAAUUUUGCACAACAUAAGUUGUCAGUUUUGCAAAUUUACGAUUUAUGGUUUCGUCAUACUUACUUCUUCUUCGAUACUUCUAUGUUGACUCCUAGAAAUCCAGUGAAAAUUUUUUACAACAUGUCUGCAACGGCUCUGGAUCCAACGUUUGUAAAAGCGCUUCGGCUUCUGCAGUCAAAAUCUAAGGAUUCAACAGCACAGUUGCGAGCUAUGCUUGAUGAAGCCAUUGCUGUCAGGAAAGGAUCUGGUACACCCCGCACAUCAAGAUCUCCAACAGGGUCCAACUCCAAAGAGACAAGUAGAUCUGUGAGCCGGGAGAGACCGUCAGAUAAAGAAAGGAAGGAAGCGGAAAAACGAAAGGACCUGGAUAGGUUGAGAGCAGAUUUGAUAAAGUUGGAUCCUAAACAUGAAUCAAGAUCAGAAUCUAAACGUCCAAGAUCACCAAGUUCAAAUGAGUCCCCUGGUAGUCCUGUAGGGAGUGAGAGUAGUCAGGGAGAGUUUGUAGAUCUUCAGAUGAAUAUUGAACUGGAUUGUACCUGCGUGGUUUGUAAAUCAUUUAACCAGGAGAGCAAUAAUAAACUCAUGGAGUGCUCUUCCUGUCAGAACCUAUAUCAUCAGGAAUGUCAUGAUCCUCCUGUCUCUAACUCUGAAGCCUCGGAUCCUCGCCUAAUCUGGAACUGUAGCAGAUGCUCAAGGACUAAUCCCACUAGUUCUAGUUCUAGCCGAUCCACCUCUGUAGAGAAAACUGGCGGAAAACCUGAACUAAAAUCCUCUAAAUCCAGUAGCUCCAGCUCCAGCCAUAAAUCCAGCAAACAUCAUAAACCUUCACCAAGCAAAGCAUCGAAGCAUAAAUCUGGACACUCAAGUCAUUCGUCUUCGGCAAGUCUCACUUCCGGUUCAGGUUCUAUACAAAUGACGGAGGCGCAGAAGAGACUAAAACUUAUGAAGAAACAAGCUGCAGCAUCCCUUGGGAAAAAGAAAAGCAAAUGAGAGGUUCAGGAUCAAAGAUGAAGAAUAUUAUUAUCAA